GCGGCACUGGAGCCCGAGCGAGCGAGCGAGCGAGCUGGGAGCGGGGAGCAAAGCGCGAGCGGCGGCUGGCGACGCACCCAAGGCCCGGGCACUGCUAAGCCCCGGCUCAGGGCCGGCGCCGCGUCUGCUGUAGACUGACCAGCCACGGCCCGACCCCCUGACGGUCUCGAGUCCACCCGUGCCGGCGUAGCCGAACCCCAGCGUCCUCCCGCUGCAGCCGCAGCCGCAGCCGCAGCCCAACUCCAUCCCUAGCCCGGGCCGCACAUCCAGGCCGCCAGGAUGGACGUGUUCAUGAAGGGCCUAUCCAUGGCCAAGGAGGGCGUCGUGGCCGCCGCGGAGAAAACCAAGCAGGGGGUCACCGAGGCCGCAGAGAAGACCAAGGAGGGUGUCCUCUACGUCGGAAGCAAGACCCGAGAGGGCGUGGUACAAGGAGUGGCCUCAGUGGCUGAGAAAACCAAGGAGCAGGCCUCCCAUCUGGGAGGCGCCGUGUUCUCCGGGGCUGGAAACAUUGCAGCAGCUACAGGCUUGGUGAAGAAGGAAGAAUUCCCCACUGAUCUCAAGCCAGAGGAAGUGGCCCAAGAAGCUGCUGAGGAGCCGCUGAUCGAGCCCAUGAUGGAGCCAGAAGGGGAGAGCUAUGAGGAACCACCCCAGGAGGAGUAUCAGGAGUAUGAGCCAGAGGCGUAAGGGCCCAGGAUGCCCCCCCCCACCAGCAGCACAACCCCUCCCCUGUCCCCCAACCUACCCCGCCAGAGCCAGGGCUGUCCUACUCUUCCCCACAAAUACGAGAUCUUCCUUCGCCCAAGGAACCCCCUUGGGGCUUGUGUUAGUGUCUGUCCAUCUGUCUGUCCUUACCCUAGUACAACCCUGGGGCUUGAGCAGGGCAGGGGCUGCAGCCAAAGCUGGGAGUCUCGCCCUACCUCUGUUGCCCGCUCCCUGCCCCAUCCGGUCCAGUGUCUGCGAGGAUGUAGCAUGUUUUACGUGUUUUUAAACGAAGAUCGGAAAGCAACGGCUCUCCAUACCCACCCCGGAUGGAGGCUCUCCGACGGGUCCCCGUGCAGCCCCAGAGCUCCCCACCCCAUUCCCAUAUCAAUCCCAAGAAUCUUUUUUUUUUUUAAACCAAAACCAGGAGCCAGGCUGUGCCAUGUCCCCUCCCCCAGCCUGCCCUGUUCUAGCGCGGGCCUUAUGUGUCGUGAUUGUGGCAUGGAGAGUUCCCACCCCCCGUGUGAGCGUGUCCAGGGUGGGCGGGACCGGCCGCCCCCCCGCGUGUCCAUGAAUAAAGCCAAUCUGUCUGUA